AUGGACGAAGAUUACUAUUCCGCAGUACGAGCGCAGUCACCAAAAACAUACUUGUAUGCAUUAACAGCAGAAACGCAUCUCGGUGAGGUUGCUUCAGUAAUCAUCACUACCUUACUCGCAAGUGGUAGGCUCAACAUCAAGCAAAUUAGUGUAAAGACCAAACUAGCCAUCAAAUCAAUCAAAUCUGCAAUUGUCUCGCUUAUUCAACUAAACUGUUUAUACUACUGGCAAGAUGACAAGAACCCAACAAUAUUCUACUACUCUGUUAAUGAAACAGGAUUAAAAACGUUGGUCUAUAGUGGAGAUAUCUUGAACCACAUUACACAAGAGUACGGUGAUGAAGAAGCGGAAAUCAUCCAAAAUAUAAUCAUGAAUGGUCACUUGAAACUCGACGACUAUUUACGACAAUAUGAUAAUGAUCUCGAGAAAAGUGACGAGGCGUCGCUGAGGUUGGAAAAGGAAAAGAUUUUCUUGAAAUUAUACAAUGAAGGAUGGAUAAAGAUAUUGAGUCUUAAUGAUUUCCACCAUAUAAACGACAUUUGGGAGAAGCUAUUCGAUGAUACAUUAAGAAACACGCCAAGGUCAUCAACUACUUCAGAAGUCAAGCGAUUGGCAGAGGCGCAAUCUGUAUGUAAAGAGAAGCUUAUGGCAUUGUUGGAAAAGACAAAACAACCACUGGACUUGUACAUAACUGAAAAUGGGUAUAAGAAACUUAACCCAAACUUGGUGCUAACUUUUAAUUUAACAAGGUUUCAAAAGCGUAGCCGCACAGUGGCCUUAACCAAUUUGGCCAAAUCGCGGAUUGGUUUGAUUACUUCCAAGGUAUACGAAGCCGCUUUGAAGUCCGUGGAAAAUGGAUCUCCUGAUUUGUCUCAUCCAUUUUUAGAGAUUCCUGGUCUCAUUAACAAUCCAACUGAUGUCAAGGAUUUCAAAGACUCAUUGGAAACUACGCUCACUGCCGAAAAGAAGAUUGUAUUUACGGUAAAGGACGUGAUGCGGUAUUUCCCAAAACUCCUCGAUAUUAAAAACUCUGUAAUCACAGAGAAUAGCAAGCGGUCAUUUAAUGAUAUCAAUGCCAAUCCCGAAACCUCAAAUAAAAAGAUCAAGCUCGAAAACGGCAAUGCAUUCAACACUGGCGGCGGCGCCUCUGGUGCCAAUACCAGCAACAGUAAUAAUCAUCUUACAGCAUCAUCUUUUUUUACCGAUGAGGAUCGGAUGAGCAUUAUUGAACAGCAUCUUCGUCUUCUUGCUGCGGGAACAAAUACACAAUUUGUUCAUGAGAUUUCACCUGGCAGGUACGCAAUCCCAUUUGUAAAGCUUUCGAAUGAGCUCAAGCAAUUCCAUUACGAAUCGCUCGUAAAGUCAACACUCCAGGACCAAGCAUUCCGUGUAUUGCGAUGCAUCAAGCAUCUCAAACUUGCAGAUGAGAAAUCAAUUGCCAAUGCGGUAUUGCUCAAGGAGAAAACAGUUCGUAAUGAAGUUUAUCAAUUGAUCAAGGCCAAUGUGGUUGAAAUCCAGGAAAUUCCACGAAGUGUUGACCGUGCUGCAUCGAAAACAUUCUAUUUGGUAAAGUAUAAAGAGUACCAUCGAUUUGAAAGCUUGAUCAAUUGCCUAGUAUACAAUAUGGCCGAGAUUGUGAGAAAUAUACAAAACUUCAAGAUGGAAAAUAAGAUUUUGUUGGAUAAAUGUAACCGUGUUGACGUUGAAGGUAACGAAGACGAGAUGUUGCUUGACUCUGAGUUGAAAACAUUGCAUGGGUUGCAAAACCGCGAGGUGAUGAAUCUAGUGAGGUUCAAUAGAACAAGAUCCCUCUGGGAUAUAUUUACCUUGUAA